UGCAUUUGUGUGAACCGGCAAGCGGCACCGUCUCUCCGUCACUGUUAUACACGCCGGAGACCGACCAAUAAACCCACAUUCGUUUUCGUUCGUUCGACUCGUCGCCACCGUUCUUGGCCGUGUGCUCGUAUAUUAUAUCUUAUACCGACACACGCUAUUGAGGUGUACAAUAUAUCAUUGCUUUAGACCAUCAGUCCGGCGUAUCAGCUCACCGGCAACCGCGUCUACCAGUUUAUCCGCGACCGCGUCCUGGAUCGUCCGGGAACACCGAGUGACUUACCCGGUUAACUGUUAAUCGUUUACGGUUUUUUUUUUUUUUUUUUAACAACCGUUGAAUUCAAAAAGCUAGCUACACCGGUAUCGCCUUGUAUUCGGGAGCUCCCGCGCAAAAAUCGUUCCAGUUUAUUUCCAGUGUAAAUGGGUUUAUCAACAAAACAAUGAGCUCAAGGAUUUCUACUCGUUGGAUUUCUUUUAAUAUCCUCUUGGGGAUUAUUUCAUUCGUUAAUGGUGAACACUUCUUUUUACCAAAGGAAAACAAUGGGUACUCAAACAAUUUGGAUGACGAUUGGGUGCCCAUAUCUGGGAUUGACAAACGAUCGACAAAAUUCAGCCACACUUACACGCCGGUCAUUCACAUAACACCUCCGGUCCGAUUUCACAACCGGCCGAUCAACCAACAACCGGCGGCAGCGGCUUCCAACAAAGUGGAAGUAUUCGCCCAGCCGCCGCCUUCCAUACUGGGCUCGUUCAGCGAAUUCGGGCACGCCACAAUCGAAGCGCGGGAACCGGCCCACACGUUGAACUUCAGACCGAGUUAUAACUUUGACAGGCACUACGAGGAGAUCAACGAUCGGCGGUAUCAACAAAACGAUUACCAGGAACCCGCGGAAGAACAAAAGCCACUAUCGAUCGUCGGGUUCAACGCGCAGCAGCGUCACCCGCAAACAUAUCACAGGACACACACGCCACAAUCCGGCCAGUACUUCCAGUACCAGACCAACCACAAAAGUCCAGCGUACAGCAAAGAACAGCAAACCGUCCAGGAACCGUACAAGAGACCGACCCAAUACUACGCGCCUAACGAUCACGGUGUUUAUUCGCGACCGGUCGGUAACAAACAGGCGCACGUCGAACAGCGGCCCAAACCGCCGACGUACCUGACCAAUACUGACGCGGCCGUUCAACCGCAGCAGUUCAAAUCGACCACCGAAGGCAAUCCGUACUUCCAAAAAUAUCCCGGUCACGUGGACGGCCAAAAGCUGUUCCCUCAGAUAUCGAAUUUCGCCAGACCAUUCGAACAGCCCAUCGACCACAACGUGUACAUCAAACCUAAUCAGCUCGUACACAAUUUUAACGUGGGCUCCGAAGUGAGGUUCGGACAGGACCUCGGCGUGACCAAGCCCACCGCGCCGUCACUCGACCUGUCGUCGGCGUUCGCGCAUCCUUCUACCAGACCUUUCAGCAGGUUCCCCACGGCGCCGUCUAACAAUCCUGAACUGUUCCGCAUUUUCCCCGUUAAGGAAGUAAACGCGUUGCCGGCAUUCCUGCCCACGCCUUACACUACCGACAACGGUGAAGUGCAACGGCCCGCCAUCGCAAGUUCGUCGUACUAUAACAAAGACAUCAGCGCCGGUUCCGAAGAAUACGUAGGUGGCGAACAAGACGAGAACGAGUCCGGCGAACAAUACGGAUUCGUCAAGAGUCCCGUACCGACGACCACAACCACAACUACACAAGCGCCACCGCGACCACAGCGCAGGAGAAAACCGGCCAAAACUACAACCACGGAAGCUCCGGAAGACGAAGAAUAUGCUGUACCGCUGCAACAGGAAGAAGAGCCGACCACUCCGCAUUACGUGUUUGAAUCGGCGCCAAUUAAGUACAAGAAAAAGAAACCGUUACCGUCUUCGGUGUAUUCGUACAGGCCCAGAGAACCCGCAGAACAGUCGGAAGACAGUGGGUAUGCAGUCGAACAACAGAUCACGCAAGCGCCAACGACAACGACCACAACGACGACGACCACUACAACCACACCACAACCGAUCACCACUGCCGCUGCCGAGACCGAAUCGUUGGCCCUCAAGGUGAGGACCAAACCUAAGUACGGAAACGGAACACGACCCAGGUUCAGCAUAAAAGAUUAUAAAACCACGCCAUCGACGACGACCACCGAAAGAUCGGCUCCACAACCGUCGCCGAUUCGCCGGACGACAACGACAACGACCACAAGUACUACGCAAGAACCGGAAGCGGUUGAACAGACGACCGUCAGAAAAACGUACAAACCGCGUACCCGACCGAAUCGAUUCAAAUUGUCGACCACCACCACCGAAGAACCGCAAAACGAACCGGAGGCGACCACUGAACGGCGGACGGUGUACCGGUCCAAGUACAAGCCGGGCAAGUACAGCUACAACCGGAUGAGGACUAGUACCGAGGCGGCCACUGAGGCCGCGGCUGUCGAAGAACAACAGCCGGCCGAGACGUCCCGGCCAGCCGCCGUGUACUCGGCCAAACGGCGGACACUGCCCAAACAUCAGACGCCGGAGACCGAGGGUAACAUUUUACGCCGAAGCUCCGUGCCACCCAACGAGAAAGUCGCGGAAGUCAUGGAGACCGCGUCGUCUGAAGACGUGGAUUACAUAGUGACCAGCACCGCCAGCACGUCUGGACCGUCCAACCACAAGUAUCAUUCGUUUGCGCCGGAACGACCGCUCUUACCGAUCGAAGCAUUCUUCCAGUCUUCGUUAACCGGCAAACGACAUGUCCUAAGAUGACCGGUCACACAAUUCUAGCUAAAAAAUCAUGCUCAAUACUAACAAAUUAGUCUUAACGUUUAUUGGUCAGAAAUGUAGUUAUUCUUAUUUCCUUAAAGCGAUUUAUAUUAAUAUCAAAUAUGAUACCCCCGGAAAUCUGAUUUUAAUAAGAAAUAUUUUGUCACAUAAAUCGAUUUGUAAUAUUCGUUAUAAUAAUAUGAUAAAAUGUUUCUUAAAUUAUCUAGUGCUAAUCUGAUUAGAUAAUUUAACGAUUUGAUUUUUUUAUUCUACGAGAGGAAUAUUCGGUUUCAAAUUUGAUUUUUCAAUCUAAAUAAUACUACACCAGAAAAUAUGUUCUUGUGUUAUAUUAUUGUAAACAGUAAUUUUGUUAUUUUUUUUUAGAAAUGUAAAUAAAAUAUUAUUUACAAAUAAUACUUAGUUUGUAACUUUUUAUAUAUAUAUUUUUUUGUAUUUAUAUACUUACACUAUUUAUUUAAAUAAUACAAAUAAUUGAAACUUAUUAACCAUUUUCAUUUGUACGGAUUACAGACAUAUCAUUUUUUUAUACACCACAACAAUAUAGAUACUGUACAUAUAGCUGCUGUUAUGGUAAUUUUUUAAAAAUACUUUAUAGCUUUUCAAUAAGUUGAUAUCGUACAAAAAUAGGUAUCUUUCGUUUGUGUGAUUUCCGUUUCCUUAUACUCAGCUAGGCACUACUAUCAAAAAUGUUUAUACUUAAAAUUAUGUUGUUUAAUCUAUUAUAAUUUUUAAACCCCAUAUCGUACAUUGUAUAGUAUAAUAUUAUUUAAAAAAGAUUUGUCACGUUAGAUGAUAAUUAAUAUUUUGUAUUUCAAUAGACUUAUAACAGACAAUAACGUCCUAACCUACUUUAGAAAAUAAGCUAAUUUAUUAUGUAAACCAUAAUAUCUUACAAAAUAA